UGGCGCUACGCAGGGUUCGAGUGAACGGUACGGAAUCAUCGAGCUGAUAUUAUUAUCACCAUACUGUGGGUGAUAUACUGACAGCUGACUUACUAUUUAUAUUGUUGCCCUUUUUAUAGCCUAACCCUUUAGUCCGACUUGUUUUUCUCCUUUCUCACACCCUGCCGGUAAACAUUCCCUCCAUCUACUCAGCACGCGCGCUGCACAUCUCAGCUUAAACAAGAUGGCUAGCUCCACAGCCCAGGAGUUUUUCCAGCGUUACGAGCAGGUCAAAGCGAUUGAACAGUCAAAGAAUGAGUUAAUUGAAGAUCUUUUACGGCGGGUUGCCGAGCUCGAAAAUGCAUAUCAACAAACCCGAUUAGACCAUGAACGCGAAUCCCGUUUUAAUCGUGAAGUGCAAAUGCAUGAAAUGGAGCUUAUGAAACAGAUAACUGCUAUGGAAACUGUGAUGGAACAAGAACCAUUUCUUCUCGUUCUUCUCGAUGGUGAUGGCAUGAUAUUCCAGGACUCUUUUCUGCAACAAGGUGAACAGGGUGGUAAAGACGCUGCGAAUCAGCUCUGGGCUGCAAUCCGUGACUAUGCGUCUCGAACUUUUCCGAACAUACCAUCGCCAAAAAUUAUAGCUCGGGUAUAUGCAAACGUCAGAGGAUUAGCUGAUGCAUGCUAUAAAGCUGGUCUUGUUGAACGUCCAGGCCUAAUUGAAGAAUUUACUCGUGGAUUCAAUGGGAGUAGGCUCUUGUUUGAUUUCGUUGAUGUGGGUAGUGGUAAAGAUAGAGCCGAUGAUAAGCUCGCUGAGGUUUUUAAGCUCCAUUUAUACAAUUGCCAUUGUCACCAAAUAUUCCUCGGCUGUUCUCAUGAUAACGGCUAUGCGAGACUGCUUGAAGAUACGUUAGCGGAUCGCGACCUUAUUGGACGAAUAUCCUUAAUCGAAGGCGUCCCAUUCGAACGAGAAUUAGUACCUAUGGGAGCUUCUUACAGAGUAACUAAAUUUGAAGAGCUUUUCCGGACCUCAAAGAUAAUUACGAACCCACCUUCAUGGAAUGACCGGAAUGGGACGAAUAAUAACUCCAUCCCUACCCCAAUUUCUGCACCGCUAUCCGCCCUAUCGCCUAAUACGCCUGGCAACCACGGCCUUGCUCGCAUCCCGUCCAACUCGACCAUCCCGUCGAAUGGAACAAGCACACCGCCAACAUGGGCCGCAACCACGGCAGCGGGAGCCCAGGGGCCAUUUACCGAUUUAACAGCCUCGAAACCAAGCAGCCCCGCACCAUCCAAGGUCGAGCGCAAUAAAUACGGCGAACGCAUUGACCGGUUAGAUUUCAAAACUAUCCCCAAGGACGAAUUAAAUCGAGUGAAGAAGUUAAAAUUAUGUAACCUAUACUAUUUGCUUGGUGACUGUCCCAAUUUAAGCUGCUACCACACUCACGAUCAUAAAUUGUCGAAGAAUGAGCGUGUCGUCUUGCACGCGGUUGCGCGGAUGACGCCAUGUCGGUUCGGCACGGAGUGCGAUGAUCCCGGCUGUAUAUAUGGCCAUCGCUGUCCGCAGAGUGAGGUAGGCAAGAAAGAUUGCUACUGGGGCUCGAAUUGUCGAUUCGACACCGCCGCCCACGGAAUCGAUACUACAAUCGUGAAAGUCACGAAGGUAUAACGUGACAAUCUCUUUCUCUUGCGUUUAUGUUUUAUUCAUUUCAUAAAGAGGAAAGGAAGUUGGAAGCUUCUGCCUUCUCUGGAUGCUGGAGUGGUUGGUGAGCUGAGUAUAUUACAUGUGCUGCAUUUAAGCUCUCAACCAACCUACUCUGCAGACAGAAACGGGACCGCUUUUCCACCCAAGUUACUCUUUACUCUCUCUUAUUUUAUCCACUCUACCUCUACCCAAUUGCCCAAAAUGCCUCAAACCAACCCGCACGCAAAAACACACACCGUGGUACUUUGGAGACGACAAUGAAGGCCACCCCUUUGUCUAUUCCCGCCAACGUUACUCACUCAUUCCUCAACUCAGAAUUGGGCGAAACCGAUCAUUUUAAUACCAUUAUUAUUAUGCACCCGGUUUAUCCAUUACUCCGACAUUCUUCUGUCUUUGAAAUCUCCCAUUUUCUCUCCAUUGGCCCUUGCGCCCUUUCUUUUGUGUUUGUUGGUUCUUCUUUCAGAAUCAAACGGUCAGCAGCCUUGCUUGUUCUCUCUUCUUCUCCUUCCUCUUAUCCUUCUCCUCUCUCUCUCUCUCUCUCUCUCUCUCUCUUUUUUUAUUUUUAUUUUUUAUCUUUUUUAAAUAAGCUGGGUUGAAUGGGAAUGGAAUUUAGUGGGUGGAUGGACGGAUCUAUGGAGUCUCUCUUUUCACCUUUGUUCCCUUCUGAAUUUUUUAAAGAUAUUUUUAAUUUAAAGUCAUGUAUCAAAUGGAUGGAAACAUCGUUUCACUUUAUUUACAUCGUCUCACUCUUUUCCCAACCCUCUUCCAUUUUACUUUUAUUUCAAUUUAGUAUUUCCCCUAGUCAUUCUCUGAUAAUCCCCGUAUCUUAUAAUGAUGAUAUUGACACACGCCUAUGAUUCCACGAUCGGGAUAGAGGGUAGGUUGAGAGGAGGACUUUCGUUACAGUGAGCAAUGAAUUAUAUGCUCCGGGAAAAACGAAUUGGAGAAAGCAUUGCCCUAAUUGUCGUGCGAAAAAAGAUUCGUAUCUAAAGACUUUUUCUCAUUCCCAUUAGACGUAUCUAAACUUAACCUUCCUGAAUAAUUUAUAUAGGCCUUUUUCCCGUGAUGAUACACAUAUACCUCCGAAACGCCAUCGCUACUAAUUUCCAUAUAUAUGUAUAUACUAGAAAUGCAAGGAAGGAAAGCAAAAAAGGGAGAGAAAA